UCACUUCCAAAUAUCUUUUACAUACAUACAUGCUGCAACCCAAAUUUUCCGCAGAAAUCGUUUACAAUGGCUUCCACUUCUACAACACCACAAUCUUUACAAACCAUUGCUUCAAAACCUAACUUUCCUUCAUUCCCCAUACACAAACCACUCCACAGAAGCCUUGGGAUAGCUCAAUCAUUCCCAAAAAUCAAGCUUUCGUUGCGGGUAGAGUCGUCGUUAACUGCUAAUAAGCACAAUGAAGUUGCAGUGGAUGAAGAGAUGGAGAAGAUUAGAAGGCUACAGAACGGGUCGGACGUCCGUGGGGUUGCCCUGCAGGGGGAGAAAGGGCGGAGCGUGGAUCUAACGCCGCCGGCCGUGGAAGCAAUAGCGGAGAGCUUUGGUGAAUGGGUGAUUAGUGGGUUAGAGAGUGAGAGAGGUGGGGCGGUGGUAGAAAGCGUUAGGGUUUCGCUGGGAAUGGAUCCUAGAAUUUCAGGGAAAUCUUUGAGUGCGGCUGUGUUCGCUGGGUUGGGUCAGGCUGGGUGCUUGGUGUUUGAUAUGGGACUUGCAACCACACCGGCUUGCUUCAUGAGUACAGUACUGCCACCCUUCCAGUACGAUGCUUCCAUCAUGAUGACGGCGUCGCACUUACCCUAUACUCGGAACGGUCUAAAAUUCUUCACCAAGAAAGGGGGCUUAACGUCAACGGAGGUGGAAGCGAUAUGCGACAAAGCCGCUCGGAAAUACGCAAAUAGGAUGGCCAAAGUGUCGACUGCGCUACGAGCGCCGCCGUCGAAGGUGGACUUUAUGAGCGCAUAUGCAAAGCAUCUCCGAGAUAUCAUAAAGGAAAGAGUAAACCAUCCUACACAUUACGAUACUCCUCUCCAAGGAUUUCAGAUAAUAGUGAACGCCGGAAACGGGUCAGGAGGGUUCUUCACAUGGGACGUUUUAGACAAGUUAGGAGCCGACACCUUCGGCUCGCUCCACCUCAAUCCAGACGGAAUGUUCCCCAACCACAUACCCAACCCGGAGGACAAAACCGCCAUGGCAAUGACACGCGCCGCCGUCCUCCAAAACGCCGCGGAUCUCGGCGUUGUCUUUGAUACGGACGUGGACCGCAGCGGCGUGGUGGAUAGGUCCGGCAACCCCAUCAACGGCGACCGCCUUAUCGCGCUAAUGUCCGCCAUUGUUCUCAAGGAACAUCCUGGUACGACAGUGGUUACUGAUGCGCGUACCAGCAUGGGUCUUACGAGGUUUAUAACUGGUAGAGGAGGGCAGCAUUGUUUGUACCGGGUUGGGUAUCGGAAUGUUAUCGACAAGGGGGUGCAUCUUAACGAGGACGGCGUCGAGACGCAUCUAAUGAUGGAAACCUCUGGCCAUGGCGCUCUCAAAGAGAAUUACUUUCUUGAUGAUGGGGCAUAUAUGGUGGUAAAGAUCAUCAUAGAAAUGGUGAAAAUGAAGCUUGAAGGGUCAGAAGAAGGGAUUGGCAGCCUGAUAAAGGAUCUUGAAGAGCCACUUGAGACAGCUGAACUAAGAAUGGAUGUCCUCUCUGAGCCAAGACAUGCAAAGGCCAAAGCUGUUGAAGCCAUUGAAUCCUUCAGACACUACAUUGAGAAAGGAAAUUUGCCAGGAUGGGAACUGGAUUCUUGUGGAGACUGCUGGGUGAGUGAGGGCUGUCUUGUUGAUACCAAUGAUCAUCCAGCUGCCAUUGAUGCUUUUAUGUACAGGGCUAAAGUUUCAAAUGAAGAAAAUGGAGAACAUGGUUGGGUACAUCUUCGGCAAAGCAUCCACAAUCCAAAUAUUGCUGUUAAUCUUCAAUCAAACAUACCUGGAGGCUGCCAAUCCAUGGCAAGAGAUCUAAGAGAUAAGUUCCUACUUGCUGGGGAAAUGGCAAAAUUUCUUGACAUCAGUCAAAUUGACGAGUUCGCUCGAAAUGGAAAUCUUAACUGAGACACUGUAUGUAACAGAAGAUUAUAGGUAAGGGUGCGCACAAAGUCAUCAAUUUGCUACCAUUCAAUUGUAUAGUCUAAACUUGAACAUACAUUUGGUAUAUAAUUAACAAAUAAAUAAAUGGAAGAGCGAAAUGAUAUGGCUUCUGAUGGCUUAAUUAGCUUUCCA